AAUGAACUUCUUUAGAUCCCAAACAAUGGGCUAUUACAAAUUGAUUAUUCCAAGAGAGAGUGCUUGGAAUGUCAUGAAUGAAUUGGCAGAGUUAGAUUGCAUUCAUUUUGUUGAUUAUGAUCCAACAUUGCCUAUGAUCAAUAGGCCAUUUGCUAAUUAUAUUAAGAGAUGUGAUGACUUGCUAAUUAAAUUAUAAUUAAUUGAGCAUGAAAUGAAGAAAUACUAUAAGAAAAUUACUUACUGCAAGGAUGUCAAUUUUUUAAUCAAAAACUUCAAGUAAAUAAUCAAGGAAAGGUAUUAAAUCCUUUGAAUUCUUAAGGUCUAAAGCUAGUCACACCUAUUUGGAUGAGAUUGAAAAUGAUAUAGACAAAAAACAUUAGCAACUUAUUGAAUAAAGUACUAAUAUGGAAAAUCUUCAUGAACGCAGAAAUAAACUGAUAGAACACAAAUCAGUCUUAUUAAAAGGAGAAGCAUUAUUAGGAUAAUCAUUUUUCUAACCGUAUAAUAUUGAUAUAUUAUAGUGCCAAUUAUGUAGCUGAAGGAUAUGUUAAUUUGUAAGGAAAAGAAUUAGAUGACAUCAAAGUAUUACAAGGAUCUGUUAAAUUUAAUUAUUUAGUUGGUGUUAUCAAUAAAGAAGAUUAAAUUAGAUUCAAGAGAAUCAUUUUUCGUAUUACUAAAGGUAAUGCUUGGAUGAAUACUAUGGAUAUUGAAAGUGAUUAAAUCGUUGACACUAAAAAUGUAAAAUUAAAUAUAAUUAAAAAAAGGAUGACGCAAAAAUUAUUAAAAGCGUUUUCGUUGUUGUCUAUCCAGGUGGAGGAGGUUCUAAUGUUAUCACAAACAAACUUAAUAAAAUUUGUGAAUCUUUUUAAGUUGCUAAAUACACAUUCCCUGAAAAUAAUAUGGUUUUCUAAGAAAAAUUAAGAUCUAUUGAAACAGAAUUAGUUGAAACUAGAAAUGUAUAUAUUCUUAAAUUAUAUUUUUAUAGUUAUUAGAAAUGACAAAGAAUUAAGUUGAAGCUUAUCUUGAUGAUUUCUAAAGAGUUUACUAAAAUUCUAAUUGUUCAUAAAUAGAAGAAUUAAAAUUAUUUUUGGUUAAAGAGAAAUAUCUUUAUACUCAAUUGAAUUAUUUGAGAGUUCAAGGAAGUGUUCUUUAUGGAUCAAUUUGGUUACCCUAAGGAGCAGAUAUAAAAGUAGAUUCAGCAUUAAGAGAAGUUCAAACUAUUUAUGAGGGUUUGCCAACUGGAUAAUUAUAAAUAUCACCACCUGAAGGUACAAAGCCACCUCCAACAUUUUUUGAGACUAAUGAAAUUACUUGGGGUUUCUAAGAAAUAGUUAAUACUUAUGGUAUGCCAAGAUAUAAAGAAAUUAAUCCAGGAUUAUUUACAGUCAUGACUUUUCCAUUUUUAUUUGGUGUUAUGUUUGCUGAUAUUGGACAUGGGUAUAUUUUAAUAUCAUAUUUAUUUAGAUUUUGUUUAUUAUUAUUAGGAAUAUAUUUAUGUGUAUAUAAUAGAGAAAUCAAAGAGUCAGAUUCUUUAAUGAAACAUGCUCUAAUAGUUAGACAUAUGGUAUUAAUGAUGGGUUUUUGGGCAUUUUAUAAUGGAUGGAUAUAUAAUGAUUUCAUGUCUGUUCCAAUAAAUUUAUUUGGAUCUUGUUAUAAAACAUAACCAGCUGAACAUCCUACUUAUCCAGAUGAAUUAGAAUGGGCUUUAAAAGAUGAAAGUUGUGUAUAUCCUUUUGGUAUUGAUCCAGUCUGGAUGUGUGUACCUAAUGAAUUAACAUUUAUGAAUUCAUAUAAGAUGAAAUUAGCUGUUAUUAUUGGUGUCAUUCAUAUGACAUUUGGUAUUAUUUUGAAAGGAAUUAAUGCAAUAUAUUUCAAAAAUUGGAUAGAUUUUAUUUUUGAAUUCAUUCCUUAACUAAUAUUCUUUACUUGCACUUUUGGUUGGAUGGACUUUUUAAUUAUUUAUAAAUGGUUUGUAAAUUGGACUGGAAAAACAGAUGAAGCCCCAAGUGUCAUUACUUUAAUGAUUAAUAUGAUUCUUGCACCUGGCAAAUAGGUUGAUCCACCUUUAUGGGGAGAUGGUACAUCAGAAGCAUCAACUUAAACUGCUAUGUUAUUGAUUGCACUAUUUUGCAUUCCUAUUAUUCUUCUUCCAAAACCACUUAUACUUAAUUCUCAAAAUAAAAAACGUUAUGCUUAAAGUGCAAGCAAUCUGACAGAGAAUUUGAAUAAAGAUCUUUAUUAAAAAAUUAAUGAAGUAAUAUUUUUUUAUAAUAUUUUUUUUAAGGAUACUGAAGGCACUCAAGAGAAUUCAGAAAAUCAUGCUGCAUCCUCUGGUGGUGAACAUCACGAAGAAUUUGGUGAUAUAUUUGUACAUCAAGUAAUUGAAACUAUUGAAUUUGUAUUGGGAUCUAUUUCAAAUACAGCCUCUUAUUUGAGAUUGUGGGCACUAUCUUUGGCUCAUGGUUAAUUGGCAGAAGUAUUCUUCUAAAUGUGUUUGAAUGGAGGAAUUAGUAGUGGAGGUUUUGUUGGUGCAAUAAGAGUAUUUUUAUUACAUUUAUUUAUCUAUAGCUUUUGAUUGGUUAUUCCAUUUUCUCUAUGGCUACUUUUGGAGUUUUAAUGAUGAUGGAUGUGAUGGAAUGUUUUCUUCAUGCCUUACGUCUACAUUGGGUUGAAUUUCAGAACAAAUUCUUCAAAGCCGAUGGAUAUGCAUUUGAAAAAUGCUCAUAUGCUAAAGUAAUGUAAGACAAUGCAGUUCCAAAGGAAGAAUGA